UCCCUGGCAGCCGAGAGAGGAGCCAGGGGAGUGAGCAAGCGCAGCUGCCUGUGAGCCAGGCGUCCGGCUGCUGCCCCUCUCCCUGGGGAGCCCGAACACGCAGAGGUCUCUCCCCGCCCUCCCUUCCAGAUCUUCCUCUGCAGAGCCCGGUGGAGUCAGUCCACACAGAAGCCAAACCGGUGAGAAGCAUGGAGCUGCUGUCUACGCCCCACAGCAUCGAGGUCAACAACAUCACCUGCGACUCCUUCCGCAUCUCCUGGGCCAUGGAGAACAGCGACCUGGAGAGGGUCACCCACUACUUCAUUGACCUGAACAAGAAGGAGAAUAAGAACUCCAACAAGUUCAAGCACCGGGAUGUCCCCACCAAGCUUGUGGCCAAGGCCGUGCCACUGCCCAUGACGGUGAGAGGCCACUGGUUCCUGAGCCCCCGCACAGAGUACAGUGUGGCGGUGCAGACCGCCGUGAAGCAGAGCGAUGGGGAGUACCUGGUGUCUGGCUGGAGCGAGACGGUCGAGUUCUGCACUGGGGAUUAUGCCAAGGAGCACCUGGCCCAGCUGCAGGAGAAGGCCGAGCAGAUCGCAGGCCGCAUGCUCCGCUUCUCCGUCUUCUACCGCAACCAUCACAAGGAGUACUUCCAGCAUGCCAGGACCCACUGCGGGAACAUGCUGCAGCCCUACCUGAAGGACAACAGCGGCAGCCACGGCUCCCCGACCAGCGGCAUGCUCCACGGGGUCUUCUUCAGCUGCAACACGGAGUUCAACACAGGCCAGCCCCCGCAGGACUCCCCUUACGGCCGCUGGCGCUUCCAGAUCCCUGCCCAGCGCCUCUUCAACCCCAGCACCAACCUCUACUUCGCGGACUUCUACUGUAUGUACACGGCCUACCACUAUGCCAUCCUGGUACUGGCCCCCAAGGGUUCCCUUGGGGACCGCUUCUGCCGUGACCGCCUGCCCCUCCUGGACAUUGCCUGCAAUAAGUUCCUGACCUGCAGCGUGGAGGACGGGGAGCUGGUCUUCCGCCAUGCCCAGGACCUCAUCCUGGAGAUCAUCUACACCGAGCCCGUCGACCUGUCCCUGGGCACCCUGGGGGAGAUCAGCGGGCACCAGCUCAUGAGCCUGUCCACUGCCGACGCCAAGAAGGACCCCAGCUGCAAGACCUGCAACAUCAGCGUGGGCCGCUAGGGACUGCUGGGGAGCCGGGGGGCUGGGGAGAGACGGCAGGCAGGGCGGUGAUGGGUGGCAUAGGUGCAGGGAGCCGGCGUUCUCUCCCCUCCCCCCUCCCCGCCCCCCCCCCCCCCCCCCCCCCGCUCCCUCCACGCCAUCCGUUUCCCUCCUCCCUUCCCUUCCCCAGGGCACUGGAGGCAACAGAGGGUGGUCCCUUGGUAGGCGCGGCCUAUCCAUGCCUGGUGGAGUUGGGAAGGCUUCCUAGCCUCGGCCGGUUGGUGGGGGGCGGGGGGAGGGGCGGGGGGAUUUCUGGAGACUUCCCCUUUCCUCUAGUUUCCCUGCCCCGCUGUUUCUUGCCUCAAGCCAGGCCUCCAUCUCAGGAGACCUGCCGCCUAGGGCUCUCCUGGGAAAGCCUUCCCUUCCGAGGCACGCUUGUAGCUUGCCAGCCUCGCUCCAGAGGUGGGCAGAGAGCUGUGGGCGUGGUCUUCCUUAGCCCCACCCACCCCUCUCAGGGCCAGUCACAGAAUGCCCCUCCCCGUGAGCUGGGCCUGGGGGCUUCCGACCGCAGGCCCGACCCUUUCCCUCUAUAAAUAGUCUCCUGCACCGUUGUGACCCCCCCCACCCCACCCCCUGCUCCUUGCCCCGCAGCACCCUCUUCCUGCAUGGGGAGAGCUGUCCCUCCCCUUCUCCACCUGCCCUCUAGAAAAGGCCCCCCUUUUCUCUUGGCUUUGGGGGCACCUGGCUGCUGGGGUUUUCUCUUCGGUCUGGAGAUGGUAUAAAUCCCGGCGUACUUUCUCCCUUGCUCAGAGGGCUGGGUCUGCAGUGGCAGCCGCUGGGGUCGAAGAGGGGGCGAGAGACCCCUGAGACCCGGAGGGACCCCUUCCUCAGCCGGGAGUGGGCAGCCUCACACCGAGGGGACCUGGCGUGGAACUGGAAGUGAGGGCGUUCCCGCAGAGCCCUGGCAUCCCGCCUGGCUGCGCGCUUGCUCGCUCGCUGCGCCGCGGCGCCGCCACUGCGCUGUGCCUGUGUGUCAUCCGGACCGUGGCUUCCCUGCCCCCGCCCCCACCUCGCGCCCCCGCCCGCUGGCACUGUCGCCUCCCCACCGCGAGGCGAGCCUAUUGGCGGAGAGCCCCUUCCCUGGGGAGUUCUUGGUGAGGUCUUUCCUGGGCCUCUCAACGUUUUCAUCUCUUUCCUACUUUUGUCAACUAAGGCAGCCAGUUGUUUGGGGAAUGUCAGGUGGAGGAGAGCAGCCCCCACGGUGACAGCCAGAUUUCUGUGAUGAAGGACAGGAGGAGGCAUCAGGCCAACAAGGCCAUAUCUCAGUGAGUGGGCCGAUGGGACAGCUGGUCGCCUCUUCUGUAGCCACAGGGAGUGGUGUGGUCGGCUGUCUCCGUGGCAGAGAUCAGGGCUGGGGGCUGUGGGAGAUGCAUGGAAGAGAGGACGUGGGCCCCAGGCCCUUUCCCCUCUGCUGAGGGGGUGGCCCGCUGCCCUCCCCUGGCCCUGUGUCUGCCCUGGGCUGGGGGCGCACCCGCCUGUGCUGUGCUUGCGACGUGCAUCAAUAAACCACCACGGCCUGAGAGCCCCACCUCUCCUUGGGCUCUGGGAGGGGUGGGGUGGGCAAACU